UACAUCAGAGGUGGGCAUGGCGAGUAGGUGGGGUCGCUGCUCUCCUCCUGUCCGGAGCAGAGAGACCCAGCAGAUCAGCUCCAGCGGGAAAGCAGCGCGGUGCGAGCAGCCGGAGAGGACCAGCCGGAGAGGACCGCUUUCUGCAGGAACAAGUCCAAGGAUUGGGAACAGUGAGCAGCGCAUGGUGUCCCGACAUGCACCUUCAUAUCCACCCCUCCCUCGUCGUUACGCUGCUGCUGCUUCUUCAAGUCCAGCAGGGCAGCUCAGUGCAGGAGAUCCAAACCAGCCAUGAGAACAUCAUAAAGAUCAACUCAGCAGGAGAAAUGAUGCAGUGCUCAGCAGCCAUGGAUAUCCUCUUCCUCAUGGAUGGUUCUUACAGCAUAGGGAAGGGCAGCUUUGAGAGGUCCAAACACUACGCAAUCAAACUCUGUCAAGCGUUAGACAUCGGCCCAGACAAGGUCCGAGUCGGCGUGAUUCAGUUUGGUUCCGUUCCUCGGCUGGAGUUCGCCCUGGACUCACACACCACCAAACAAGACCUGAAGAAGCACAUGAAGAAGGUUUCUUACAGGGGAGGCAGCACCCAGACAGGCCUGGCUCUAAAGUACGUGCUGAGGAAGGGUUUCGAAGGCGGUCGUAACUCCUCCACUGCGGCCCGGAUCGCCAUCCUCUUAUCAGACGGGAGGUCUCAGGGCAACGUGGUGCAGGCGGCUACGCAGCUCAAAGAGACGGGCGUGGUCUUGUUUGCAGUGGGCCUUCGCUACCCCAGGUGGGAGGAGCUACAUGCUUUGGCCAGUGAGCCGAUGGAGAGCCACGUCUUCUUCGCCGAGCAUUUCCACGACGCCGUCAAUGGCCUGUACACCACGCUGGCAGCCUUCUCCGUCUGCAAUGCCACACCUGCAGGCUGUCAGGUGGAGUUGUUUCCCUGCGAGAGGAAGACACUGGAGACCGUGAAAGAGCUGCAGGGGAAUUUCAUGUGUUGGAAAGGCUCCAAGGGGUAUUCCCCAUACACGUCUCUCUGUCCAUACUACAGGUACAACAAGGUGUACAAGAGACACCAGACAGUCUGCCAUCGGACUAUCUGUCCAGAUCCUUGUGACUCUCAGCCCUGUCUGAAUGGUGGAACAUGUGUAUCAGAAGGUCCAGAGGGUUACCGCUGUGUAUGUCCACCUGGCUAUGGAGGAGACCCACACUGUGCUCCGGCGUUAUCACUGGACUGCUCUGUGGACUUGCUGUUCCUGGUGGAGGGUUCUGCCACGCUCACCUUGGAAGGCUUCCUCCGCCUCAAGUCCUUCUUAAAGCGCUUCCUGCAGACUGUGAUCGGGUCCAACAGCCCCAGUAAAGUCGGCCUGGCGGUGUUCGGUGGAGAGACCAGAGUCGAGGCCCAGGUUGGCAAGUUCAAAGGGAACCUGAAGGGUCUGCUUAAGGCCGUGGAGGCACUUCAGCCGAUCGGUGGCAAAACCCAGACGGGCCAGGCGCUCCGUUACGUCACGCGCCACGGCUUUGUGAGCGCGCCGGUGUUUGCCGACAUCACGGACGAUCUGCCCCGCGUGGUGGUGCUGCUCACCGCCACGCCUUCAGCUGACGAGGUGGUGGAGCCCUCUAAAUACGCACGGGACAGGGAGAUCUUCCUGAUAGCAGUGGGUCCAGACAGAUUAAAGGGACAGCUGAAUAAUAUCACAGGAAAUCCCCAGAGGACUAUCACCUACACAUCACAGUUCAGUGCCAAGAUCCCUGAACUCAAGGCCAAGAUCUGCAGUGUAGAUACGCAAGGUUGUCUGGGCCAAGCAGUGGACCUGGUGUUUGCUCUGGACGCCUCAGGCAGCGUCAGCCCCGACAACUUUGCCACCAUGCGCGACUUUGUGCGCGGCCUCAGUGUCCAAUUCGACAUCAACCGCGAUGUGGCUCAGAUGGCACUCGUGGCCUACGGUCGGAGAGCCACCACCGUCUUCAACCUGGACGCCCACGACACCGGCUCUGCCAUCCUCAAGGCUGUAGGCGAAGCCAACUACAUGGGUGGAGUGGCCUCAACGGGCACAGCUUUGCUUCAUGUCCAUUCCGACAUCCUGACAGUGGCCAAAGGCGCACGGCCCGGGGUCAACAAGGCAGUGGUGGUGGUGACGGAUGGUUCGGGUGGGGAUGACGCUGCCGUCCCAGCUCAGAAGUUAAGAGACAAUGGAGUUUCCCUGUUCGUGAUCGGUAUCGGAGAUAUACAGAAAGAGAGGCUGCUGCAGAUCGCUGGUUCGGAGCAGCACAUGAUCUCGGUGCUGUCUUACGAGGAUCUCAAGUACUUUGAAGAUGUUCUGGUGCAGAUGAUAUGUUCAGAGGCUAAAAUGCCAGUCAACCUGUGCAAGCCCAACCCAUGUAUGAAUGAUGGGGUCUGCAUCCUUUCCGGAGGGAGCUUCCGUUGUCAGUGCCAGGGCUAUGAAGGACCACACUGUGAAACAAGGAGCAGCAGGCCUUCAUCCAGAGGAGAUCUUCCGAGGCCUGCUGGUCUCAGGAAGAAGAGCAGGCAGAAGAAGAGCCACCAGGAGCUCCUGCAUCACUACAAACUGCACCGCAGGAGACAUGCUGCCUGAUAACACCAUACGCACAUAAAACACAGAAACCAGUCACUUACGGACACUUAAAAACCAAGGAUUUUUGCGGGUACACAGUGGAGUAAAGGGGAAAACUAAUUUAACUGUUUCAAUAUUUAAACUUGCACUCAACAAGUGCCUUCAAACUGUCUGUAUUUCUACUGUGUCUAUUUGUUUGUUUUUGUUGAAUGGAUCUAUUCAAAUAUGUAAACUUUUAUAUUAUUAUAUUAUGGUGUCAUGAUUUUAUUUUAUUGUUUAUGUCUACAACGACCUUCUUUUCUUUAAAUUAAGACAAAAACAUCAAAUUGUGUGUGUGCCAAAAAGAUGCUCUAUGCCAACUGCUCUAAUUUACACCGCUCAGCCAUAAGAUUAUGACCUCCUGAGCCAUGAUAACCAGAUAAUCGGUGUUAUACACUUCACAUGUCAGUGCUCAUAAUGUUAUGGCUGAUAGUUGUAUGACUAAAUAUAUGGUGACGUUCAUUUUUACAUUUGAUGCCUCCUAAAUUUACUAAUUUACUCAUUUUUAGAUGUUAAAAAGAUUAUUCUUUGUUCUCUCUAAUGAUUGAAAGGUAUAAAUAAUAUGUAUAUAUGUAUUUCAUUAUAAAUUAUAUUAGUGCUAUAUAACUGCCUGGUUUUGUACUUUAACUUACACUAUACUUUACUAAUAUCACUUUUGGGGAAAAGAGAGUCUAUAUUUAAAGAGUGCAAUUAUUCUACCUGUACAACAGCUAACAAGCUCUAAAAUGUUUGAAAUGGCAAGUCAUUUAAAUCAAUAGCCAAAGGUAACAUUAAAACACUUUGAACAUUCAAAAGGUUUGCCAAUCAAAUGACUCCCCUUCAUGAAUGCUUUAUUACUCCAUUAGAGAGAAGUGACUGAGUUGACUCUAAUUACCUGGUUUAAUUUUAAUGCUGCAGGCUUCCAGUGUCCUUUGCAUUGUUUCUACAGUGAACC